UUCAAAUACCGAAUAGUUUAAUAUCGCAGUUGCAACACGUGCGAUUGUGUUCUCUCUCCAGAUAAUAAAUAAAUUAUAAUUUAAAUAGGAUUUGUACGUAACAAUAAUGAUGUUGAAAGCUAAAAGGAAACCAGGAAAGUCGGAUCGGAUACCGAAAAAAACAUCAAAGAAAGCCGAUCGAGCGGAUUCCCAGGAGGAUUCAUCUGCCGUGGAUCACCUCCACCUGGAGCAGUCCACUCCCAGCAGCGACGAUGGCUUCGAUGAACCGGAACCCACACCCGCCAAGAAGAACCCAAUCCAGGUCACUACCAAGCCAAAGAACAACAAGUUCAAGCAGAAGAACGAGACCAAAAAUGUAAAGCCACCUACUCUGGAGGAGAUGAAGGAGCUGCGCGAUACCCAGAACCUCUUUCACUCCAACCUCUUCAAGCUGCAAGUCAAGGAAAUGCUGGAGGAGCUGCAGCUAAAAACCAAGUACAUGGAGUUUAUCGACAGCUGGCUGGAAUCCUUCACGGUCUUCACCCAACAGUUGAAAGAUGGGUUGAUGGAGCGAACUAACCUGGAGGUGCCUUUAAAUCUGCAACAAAAACCAUCCGGAUUCGUUUUUUCCAAACCCACAAAGGAACCCUAUCUGAUUGGAGCCGCCGCUACGGGAACCCUGCUGGGUCCCAAGAUUGUGGUGGAUGUGGCUCUAGAGAUGCCGAAGGAAUCCCUGCACAAAGAAGAUUACCUUAACCUUCGAUAUGACCAAAAGCGAGCUCUUUACCUCACCUACGUCACGGAAAGGAUGCAGGAGUCGCCAAAUUACGCCAACGAUCAGUUCAAAUUUAACUACCUCGCGAACAAUCCGCUAAAGCCUGUACUCGAGUUGACCCCAGUAGCCAAGCAAGUGACCAAGCAUCUGCAGGUGCGCCUGUUUAUCACUGCUCCCCUUAGCAGCUUCAAGCCUGGUCGAUUUGUGCCCUGGAACAACAAUAUUCGCCCCUCGUUCUAUGGUGACGAGUGGGACGAGGAGGAGCCACUACCCUCCACCCAGCACUACAACGCCAACGUACUGUUCGAUCUUACUUUGGCCGAGAACCAGGCACAUUUGGAAAAGGCCUUUAAAGGCAGGCGCAACUUCCAGGACGGUCUUCUGCUUCUCAAAGUAUGGCUGCGUCAAAGGGAAUUGUGCAUAGGCUAUAGCGGCUUUGGCAGCCACAUCCUAGCCGCCUACAUUGUCUACCUGAACUCGCAGCGCAUCCUGCACCAGUCGAGCAGUAGUUAUCAGGUGGCUCGCACGGUUUGGAACCAACUGGCCAACACAGAUUGGACCAAAGGCAUCAGCCUGGCUCCAGCUUCAAUUCAGACAGAAGAACUGACAAAGUUGGCUUCGCACUAUGACGUCUGCUUCAUGGACUUUACAGGCCAACUCAAUUUCUGUGCGAAUGUUCCGCUCUCCCUUUACCAAAGAGUUCGAGAGGAGGCCAAACUAGCCGUGGAUCUGCUUAAUGACAUGAAGCUAAACAGUUUCCCGCUCAUCUUCAUGCAGAAGUGUCCACUGUACAGCCGUGUGGAUAAUAUCUUGAAGAUUACCAAUUAUUCGUGUGUGAAUCAGAUGCUUAUGCUGCAUUCCCAGCCUAAAUUCAAGUAUGAUUAUGCCAAAUAUGGCUAUCCCCAGCUGCUUCAAUUGCUGACAGAGCUUCUUAAAAAGGGACUCGCCGAGCGUGUACAAUCCAUUAUUCCCCUAGAAACGGCAACUACCGCUUGGCUAGUGGAAAAUAAGGCUCCAAGCAUUGGAAAGUACAUUCAACUGGGUUUAAUACUCCAGCCAGAUCACGCCUACGAGGUGUUAAAUAAAGGACCCGCGACCAACGAGGAUCCAGAGGGAGCUGCAGAGUUCCGUCGGUUCUGGGGAGAAAGGUCAAACCUUCGGCGCUUUCAGGAUGGCAGCAUCACCGAAGCUGUCGUUUGGGGAACCGCCCAGGACUCCCCAGCCAAGAAGCGACAAAUUGUUCGUCAGAUUGUGCUUCACUUGCUGGAGCAUCACCUACAACUGGAGGGCAAGGAUGUGCAAUUCAUCGGCGCUGAGUUGGACCAGGUCUACCGCCUGUCUCCCUGGUUCAAGGUCAACAAACUGAAGACCAAGCUGAUACUGGAUCAGGACACAGAUGCGGAGGCACUCAGUCCACACGUCAUCCGCUGCUAUGAUGAAUUGGCACGACAACUACAUGGGCUGAAUGGUCUGCCGCUGGAGAUCGUCUCUAUAUCAGGCACAUCACCCAUAUUCCGCUACUGCGAACCCCAGCCAGUGCUGCCACAAGCACGUGUGGCAGGCAAACACAUUCUGGCCAGCCAUGUGCAGAGGGUGGUUAUCCAGCUGGGCCAGAGCGGCAAGUGGCCCAACGAACUGACUGCACUGCGUGCCCUUAAAACGGCCUUUCUUAUUGAGAUUGGCGAAAAGCUUGAGGCGCAGUGCCGCCUUCAAUGGGUAAUGUCCGCCGAAGGUCUUCUGGUACUAAAGCAGGGCUUUUGCUUUCUCAUUGAGCUGGCCCACAGCAAGGAGCUGGCUUUGCUCAAGCAAGAGGUUACUGAACGUGGCGUAACCACAUACGUAGAUAACCCAGCAAGUCGCACUUUAGAACGCCAUCACUACAUACUACCCAAAGUGAGCGGCGCAUUGCACUCACUCCAUCAGUCCCUCUCUGCUUUCGGGCCCACUGUGAUGUUGGCCAAGCGUUGGCUUGCCACCCAACUGCUGGACGAUGGUCUGUGGCCUGAGAUGGCCACCGAGCUGCUGGUGGCUCAUCUUUUCCAGCAGCGAAAUGCGCCACAAGCCAUAGCGGCGCCCCAAACUGGCUUCAUUCGGUUCCUGCAACUGCUCGCCCACAGCGACUUCACUGGCGAACUCUUUCUCCUCAACUUUAACAACAGCUGGCAGGAACAACAAGUAGCGGAUCUGGAGCACAGCUACCGCAGCGACCGACAAAGUUAUCCCCCCCUCGCUUUGGCCACUUCCUACGACAUUCAGCACGCCGGACGCCUUUGGACCUCGGAUCAAUCACCCAGCCAACGGGUACUGGGACAUGUGACGCGACUGGCCCGCCAUGGUCUCCAAAUUAUCGAGACCAGCCUGAUGUCAAAGGAUCUGAGAUUCGUGCGGCCGGCACAAUUGUUCCGAGGUUCUAAUGAGGGUUACGACUUGGUUAUACAACUCAAGCCAGAUCUGGUGCCCAAUUCUCUGAGCUAUGAUCUGGGAUCCCCAUUCGUAUCCUUUAGCCAGCCAAACUUCCAUUUGCCUCCAGCCGGUGCAGAUCGUAUGGCCAGGAUUGUGGGACAACUGAGGUCUGCCUACUCCGACUUUGCUGCCUUCUUUUAUAAUCCUCACGGCGGCAAGGAACUGGCUAUUGUGUGGCGGCCGCCCACGGAUUUCGCACCAAAACCCUUCAAGGUCACCGAGCUGCAGGCCUGCAGUCCCUGCGAAAACGGCAAAGUCCAAGUUCUUAAAGAAACGCUGCUCGAGGAUUUCAAAAUGCUUCUUAAAGAUUUCUACCUACGCAUUUCCACCCCAGAGGAGCUAAAGCGGGAACAGCGGGAGCAUCAACAGCCCAAGCGGUACUUCAAUGCCAAGCAGCCGCAGGAGAAGUCAAGCCUGAAGCCCAAAAAGCAGAAGAUUCAAAAGGACGCUGAGCAGGAAGCGCCGCCCAAAAAGAAGCGACUCAUUAAAAGUUCGGCUCUGAAGGCCUUAAAUUAAAUUUAGACAUAGCUUUCUGCUUAUCUGUGUAAGUAAACUAAUAGUUAAGUAUAAAAGUUUUUUAAAUGUAGAAAAAAUGUAAAAUAUAUUAUAUUUUUAUAACCUCA